CGGCACCACCAUACAUCUCUUCUGUGUCUUGUACAGGGGUGUGUUCAGCGUGGAUUGACUAAAAGACAGAGAAAAAGAGAGAGAAAAAGAAAGUUUCGCCUUUGUGAAUCGAUUUCAGAUUGUUUUUCAAGGAACUAUGAUAUUUUUGGAGCUGGAAAUAAGGUAGCAAACACUGGACUUCAGUAACCCCAACUGUGUGGUCACUUUAAGGAUACAAAACAAGAGGACUUUUGUUAUGGAACAGUAGCUUGUAAAGUGCACCCUGGGAAUUUCAAAUCAGGAAAACCUCACGGAAAAAGCUGAAUUUUCAAGUUCAUUUCUAAAUUCCAUUGAUUAUACUGCAAAUGCAAAUUAUGUUUACAAUUUGAAACUUGCACGUGCUUUGUGCUCCAUUAGUGUACAUCGAUUCUACAAACUCUAGCAGCUGAUCAUUCGGAGGCACUUCCAAUCAGUCAUCAAUACAGCACAAGUGUGAUUAAAAAGGAGGAAAAUCAAUUACCGCUGACCGGCUGAGCUCCAAUCUCUUGACACAAUAAGGAACGCGAUGGCACAGAAGGAAGCAGGAGUGGAGCAGAGCCGUGUGAAGAGUGGGGACAGCCUAGGGGCCAAAACAGCGGUGGGGGCCCAUACAGCGGGUGGGGGUGUGGUGGUGGAGGUGAGGGAGAAGAAAGGACCACUGAGGGCUGCCAUUCCCACAAUGCCUUUCCCCCUUGCGGUCAUCUGCUUGUUCCUGAACACCUUCAUCCCUGGACUAGGUACCUUCAUCUCUGCCUUCACGGUGCUAUGUGGAGCGCGCAGUGAUCUCAUCUCGGAGCGGGGGAAGUGCUGCGUGUUCUGGCUGAACGUUGCCGCGGCGCUCAUCCAGAUCCUCACCGCUGUCAUCAUGGUCGGAUGGAUCAUGAGCAUCUUCUGGGGAAUGGACAUGGUCAUUUUGGCAAGCCUGUAG